UAAGAAGAUGACGGGCGCAGUGAAGCACAGACGAGACAGUGCAGCAUCACUGGUACUCGCUGUAAUUGGCUUGGCACUUAUAACCAUUCUCAGUGUAUGGAAGUUGAAACAGUUUAAAUAUAAACUUGUACAUGAAACUGGAGUUGCAAUGUUUUAUGGUAUGCUUGCAGGGUUAGCAGUUAGAUGCUUCUCAACUGGCUGGGGAGAACAUAUGGACAAUAUGGGGACUGUGUGCAGUUGUGGUGGUCUUAACAGCACUCCUCACGCCUUGAUAGUCAACAUCACACCGCACUUUCACCGUUUUAGACAUGCUGGCAAAGUUGACCAAAGAUGCCCACCUGUCUCAACCAGUCAUACGGAGACCUUUGAUCCUGAGGUCCUUUUCAAUCUGUUCCUGCCACCCAUCAUCUUCCACGGAGCUUACACCCUUAAUCAGAAACGGUUCAUUGAAAAUCUUGGAUCCGUUCUGACUUUCGCUUUUAUGGGUACAAUGAUCAGCUGUGUGACCAUAGGCGCCUGCGUUUACGGCUUCACCAGACUGAUGGUGCUGCUGGGCCAAGCAGCAGAUGGAGACUUCUUUCUCACUGACUGCCUCCUGUUUGGUGCCAUUAUAUCAGCCACUGACCCAGUUUCAGUCAUUGGCCUGUUGUCAGAGCUGCGCGUGGACCUGGAUCUGCACACCCUGCUGUUUGGCGAGAGUGUCCUGAAUGACGCCGUGGCCAUCGUCCUGACAUAUGCCAUCACCACCUAUAGCCAGAUGGGUGCAGGACACAGCUUCAACCCCCCCGUCUUCUUCCUCUCCGUGGGUUAUUUUCUUGGAGUGCUUGCCGGCUCCUUCCUUCUGGGUUUCAUAUUCACAGUCACGACAGCCCUCCUCACCAAAUUCACUCGGCUGUGUGACAACCCACUGCUGGAAACAUCAGUCUUCUUCCUGCUGUCCUGGAGCAGCUUCCUCUCAGCCGAAGCCAGUGGACUUUCAGGUAUUGUGGCGGUGCUGUUUUGUGGCUUGAGCCAGGCAAGGUACACAGUUCACAAUUUAUCCUCCGAGGGCAGGGCCAGGACCGAGCAGCUCUUUGAAGUCUUCAACUUCCUGGGGGAGAUUCUCAUCUUCAGCAACAUGGGAUACGUAUUGUUGACGUUUCCUCACCAUGUCUUCAAAGCCCUCUUCAUUUCUGGGGCAUUUCUCUCCAUGUUUAUAUCAAGAGCCUGCAACAUCUACCCAUUGUCAUUCCUCCUAAACCUGGGACGUACAACCAAGAUACCUCGCACCUUCCAGCACUUCAUGAUGUUUGCAGGCUUGAGGGGGGCUGUGGCCUUUAGCCUGGCUGCGAAGGACACGUCCACAGAAGUGAGGCGCACCAUCCUCACCACCACGCUGCUGCUGGUCGGCUUCACCGUCUGGGUGCUGGGCACAGCUGCCGAUCCCCUCCUGCGCUGUCUGGACAUCAGAGCGGGGGUGGAUACACAUAAAAAUUCAGAGGAGCUUUCUUUUGAGGUUGCCACAGCGAGGCCAGACACAACACGGGGCCUAUGGCACCAUCUGGACUACAAAUAUCUAAAGCCGCUGCUGACACAUCAUGGCCCUCCACUGACCGACUCACUGCCACAGUGGUGUGGGGUAUUUGCCCGUCUCUUCUGCAGCCGCCAUGUCCAGGAGGAUGAAGAGCAACUGUGUGAGACUGAAGCAGGUGACUCCACCUUCGCUCUGGUGAACCAGCUUGCAUCUGCAGGAGGCGACUCUGGGUCCGAGCACCAGGAAGACCUGCUGGAAGGAGACCUGGGCCUCGGCACUGCUGCCGCUCUCGCCAGGGAGGCCUGAAGCUCCAGGAGUCAAUUCUAACUGCAGCUCUUCAGCCUCUGCUGCCCUGAGGCUAACGCCCCUCCCUCCCACAGUGAACGGGGUCACUGGCCAGGGCAUCUGAGAGGGGCCGAGUGGGAGUCAGAGUUACAAUAGCUCCGUUAAGGUCAUGCACCCCCCUUGUGCUGACAUGCAUGCAAAAAAAAAAAACACUCGCAGAGGGAGAAAAAACAAUUACAAAGGCCAUUGCUCUGUCUGUCUCUCUGCUGAUGAUUUUCUCGGCUUGUUUUGCUCCAGUUUCAAGGGAUAACUGAAAAAGAAUCAUUAAUCCUGCGCAGUUUAAAUGCCUGAUGUCUAACACAGCCAACAGGAAGCAGGACUGGACCAGUGUGCGCACUGUGAACUCUUCACACAGCAAGCAAUAUUAUAAUACCACAGCUCUGGUGAAAAUGCAACAUGUUAAGUCACACAUUAAUUGCUCGCCGAGCAGCUUCACGCCACUUGGUUACAUAACGUCUCGGUUUAAAGCUUCAGGGAGAGUUGCUCAUGAGACUGUACAGUGAUUGAAAGCUAUGGUCUUUCCCUUAAUCAGCUGAAAUGUUAUUUUUGUGCCGACUUUGCUUUGCUCUUCCCCAAUUCCUUAUUAAACUUUUAUUGCACUGUUUCCCUCUGCAAUCCUUUAAACUCAUUCACAAUGUAUUUCAAUGAAUUUAUUACCCCCCCACCCCACCACCACCACCACCACCAAUCUCCCACCACAUCUUGCUUAUAAUUCUGCAGAAAGCCAAGAUUCUUCCAAAUGCUUAAGUAUAUUAACAGCUUCUGGAAACGAGACUAUCAGCAUGUGAGACCUUAUAGAUUGCACUUUCUGAGUGCAUCAUUAAAAAUCUCAGCCCCCCCCCCUUGUGUGAGCUGUUCUGUACUGCACAAAUGCAGUGUGUGAAGCUUAGGCUUUGCAAGCAUGCACACAGUUUCCCUCAUAUUAAUAAAACCAUUGUCCUUGAAGUGAGGGCUUUUUCAUGUUGUGAAUGCAUGGGUGCAUCUAUGGAAUGCUCCUCUGUUUCUGUUCUCAAUAUAUUCUCCUUUGUUUGCAUUCAUGUUUGAAUCCAGUUUUGCUCUGGACAAAAGAGACUGAGUGAUAGCCCAGCUUUUCAUCGUGAAUCCUCCACCUAAUUUAGAGUAAAAUCUUACUAGCUUUUGGUGUGAUUUGCUGAAAUUUGGCGCAAUCACCUGUACAAUAGGCUCAUUGAUGGACGCCCACCAGCUCCAGCAUCUUCCUCUGUGCAAGAGGAACAAACUGCUCACCACAAGGCCUUACAACUUUUUUAUAUAAUCGUGGUUAUACACAUACACACGCACAAAAAAAAGCUGCCUGCCUGUUGGGCUUUCCAAGUGUCAUUUUUGGACACUUUGAGCAUCACAAACCAAAUGUAACUGAGCUGUUUUACUGAAGUGAACCUUUAAUCACAGCAAAUCACAUCAAAAUCUGGACAGAGCAAGAGAAAAAUCUGCCUUAAUGAAGGCUCCCUUUAACUUUUAUACUUUUAACUUAGUGUUCAAGUCAUUUCAUAUUAGUAUAUUCCCCUUUUUGAGCCAUUUAUCUGUCCGCAAGUGACUGUAAUAAUUCCUUCUACCAGCUAAUAAACACAGUACUUCUAUGACACAUACUCAAAGGUAUCCUGCAGAGUUUUUGCCCAGUGCUUUUAGUGUGCACAUGCAUGCAGAUGAAGGGAUACGCAUUUCUGCCAAUGCUUUCACACUAUUCUACUGAUCUACAGGUAGCAGUAAGGCACCAAGAAACACAUCAGUGCACCAGCAAAGGCAGGGAAGAAGAAGUAGACACUGAUGUAAAUGAUGCAGGUUUCAAAUUAUUAAGAAUAAAUUGCUUUGCAGUGUUUUUUUUGUUUUUGUUUUUUUUGAAGAAGAAAGGGAUGCAUUCAGCGCGGCAUGUGUUUCAGAGAGAAAUGCUGAAUGUAAACAGAGGCUUUGUUUGCAAGAAAACUCCACAGGGCACCUUUAAGUUAUGUAGCAAAUGGCAACAUGUGUGGCACUGUUCCAACACAAUGGUUCUCAAAUGGUGAGGGAAGGCACAGUGGUGCGUAAUGCACUGAAACAAGGUACGCCUUGAAACACAAUUGUUACAAAAACGCUAUGUAAUUCAAAUACAUAUUAGCAUAUAGCUUUGUUAAAUUUUGAUCCAUGCAAUCCAGUGGCUAACCACUAGAUUUUUUAUAUUUUUUUAAGAAAACCUUGCCUCAUAAACCACACUUUAAGAACCACUGGUUUAGUGCUUGUGUGUUUGAUCAUGGUUUUUACAUGUACAGCAGUGCGGGUUUAUCAACACAGAUGCAUAAACUGUCUUGUUAACUGUGAACUUUACUCAAUGCAAUAUUCCCAGAUCAUGUGUUUGUUUGUUUGUUUUUUUACAAGAGCAAGCAAUUGUAAACAUUGAAAAUGGUAGAGCAGACUGCCUACACCAACACCGAGAGACACUUCCCAGCCCCACAGCCAUGACAUUGUCCACAGUGCAUGA